GCUAUGCUGAGAGUCUAACAAACACGCUGGGAGCGAUCUCGAGUCGACAUGUCAGCACAGAAAAGCACUACGACCAUGGCAGUACAAUAUGAUACGUUUGUGGGAAACUGCUAACGCGAUGGUAUUGUCGUCUUUUUUCCUCCUAAUGACGAUCGAUUGUGUUGUGAUCGUAACGUCGUAAUCUUUUGUUAUCUACGUGACGUUACCGAAAGACCGAAAGACCCAGAGAACUCUUGCUUUAGUUCCUCUUUCGUUUCGUUUGCCCUUCCGCCCAGCAGCAUGCAGGCUGAGUGAACGCAGUGACUCCCACCAGGUUUUAAAGUGAUGUAUAACUCCACGGCGUGAGCACAAAAACAACAUUUUACACACACACACAGAUCUCUGCUGCUGCUGCAUCACAAGACACGAGGCGCGGGUCUCGGGGGAGGCUGCGGUCGAUCGUCGCAGGGUCACCGAUGCGGCCGUGGGGGUCACCGAGGCAGGCGACUCGCGGACCGCGCGAUGCAGGGAGGAGCAUGGGCGAGGUGGAGAGCCGUCGUCUCGCUCGCCCUCGGGAUUGUAUUCUUCACCAGGCUGGUGUCUUGUCAAGCCUGCAGUGCAGAAUUCUACAAAACGAGUAACAACAUCUGUUGCAAGCUAUGCCGUGCAGGAACUUACAAGGCAGUGGACUGCACAGAGAAUGGAAAGGAUGCUUUCUGUUUGUUGUGUCCCGAGGGCCUCUACAUGGAGACAGAAAACCACGCCACAUCCUGUAACCGGUGUAAGAAAUGUGGAAAAGACGAAACCAUUAAGACUCCAUGCACUAUCGCAUCGAAUACCCAGUGCCGGUGCAAAGAGGGCCUUCAGUGGAAUCCAGAGACCAGAACUUGUUCGAUGACCGAGCCAGGUGCGAUAGUAAAACCAGUGACACAUUUGGCCGUGUUCAUUGUUAUUUUAUUGCUGAUUUGGAUCGCUCGAUAUAUGUGGAAGUUCUUCAAAAAUCGAAAACAAACAUGGGAACGAAAGGAUCAACUACCCAUGUUCCGGCCCCAGUCAGACGAGUUGGAAAUGCUGAUUACAAAUGUUAAGGCCGAGCAGGACGGACCGGCGUUCUUUUUACUGAAAAACAAGAAGAGGGAGUUGAAGCUCUGGCUCAGAGUCAACCCAGAGCACCUUCUGGAGCACCUCGACAGCAACAAUCUGAUGUCACGUGACUUCUACAAACGAGCCACAGCCUUGCCUCCUGAAGAACGCAUCGACGCUGUGCUCACACAUUUCAUGAUGGGCGGAGAGCACCAAUGUCGUGUCCUGCUGAGGGCUCUUUUUGAUGUGAGAAAGACUUACGCUGAUGUGUGGAAUUGGCUGAUGGAUACGGACAGGAAGGUGAAGUUAAUCAUCGUGGAAGGACAGUCACUGAGAGCUAUUCGCAUGAAGAAACUUGAACUUAAGCAAUGGCUGAGCUCCAAUCCGAGCCACCUUGUGGACAAGUUAAAAAAAUACGGGUUCCUGACAGCUUACAAAGCGCCUUCGUUCACAAACAGCGAGGAAUGCACCUUGAAUGUUCUGAAUCACUUCAUCGACCGAGGGGACAAAGGCUGCGAGAAGCUCCUGUUUGCCCUUCAAGCCGUGCACGUCCACUACGCCCACUUACACACGUGGCUGCGCUCUCUCGGUUUCUUCAUGGAAAUUCUGAACAAUUCCCCCUUAUUUAUCAUGCAACGUAGCGACGCUGAACUCAGCAAUACUCUGCAGAAAUGCCUCCCCAAGCUGAUAAAUAUACUGCAAAGUGAUGUAAAAUUUCUUGUACGUCACCUCCUCCAACAAAACCUCAUCACUAAGGAGACAGAGGCGACGUUGCUUGGAGAGGCAACGGAGAUGAAGAAGUCUGUCACGCUGCAGGAUGUCGUGAAGAAACAUCCGCGUUGCGCGAGCAAACUGUGGGAGAUCGUGUGGGGUCUCCGAGAUUCCCACCCACAGCUCACAGAGUUUUGUCUGCAGCUUUGAGCCCCCCCCCCCUUCCAAAAGUAAUCUUUGGUUGAUUAUAACAUUUAUGCAAACAACAAAUUCACAGCCAGUCAGCUUCAAGGGGAAUUGCAUAUGGGUGGGUGGAGACAGUAGGUGGGCACAUCUCUGCUUUAUUGACCUGGUCAAGGCUUAUGAUACCAUCAACAGGCCAGGGCUGUGAGCAGUUGUUCAUCCUUUCGGAGUCCCUGACUCUCUGUUCACAAUCAUUAAGGGCCUUCAUGAUGGUGGACAGGCCCGGGUAAAGCUACGUCGCCAGGAGUCAGAGCCAUCCCCUGGUCACCUUCUAUUUGGCCGCAUAAAGGGGGCUAAACGGGCACGACAUGGGCUGGAGAAGAGAUGGUCUGAUGCGGUAUGUGAUGAUGUAGCGCUGAAUAGACUUGCCGACGACUGGUACCAGUGGUGUCAAGAUCGGCCUCUAUAGAGGAGGCUCGUGAAGGACGCUGCUAGGCAAUUUGGAGGCAGUCGCCCUCCAGCAACAACGGAGGGCAGAGGAGCAACGCUCACAACAAUGAGCAGAGCACCCAGCGGCUAAAACGCAGCAAGUCGGCACAGUAGGGGGCACAGCUGGUAGUGCAUCUACCGGUCAUCUCAGUCAGCCAAUCCAUGGCACCUGUUGGGUCUGUCCCGAGACUUGUCAGCGAGCCUUCGACACUUCACGUGGCCUCAAAGUGCACUUGGCCUGGCAUAGGUACCGUGGUGAUGUCACCGUCACUUAGUGGCGAAUGGCGGCUGUAUUGGUGGGUGGGGACAGUUGUGGUGGGUGGGGACAGUCGGGGUGGGUGGGGACAGUCGUGGGUCAGGCAGAUUUAUGAUGACUAGAAAUGAUAUUAGAGCAGAAAUGGAACGUAAAAUGUCGGUCAUCAUUUUAAAGUGUGAUAUCCUAGAAACGUGGACUUUUGUUAACUAAAAACAUGUUUUUUAUAAUGAAUCUAUAAACCUGAAGUUAAAUGUUUUUAUACCAAUAAAAAAUGCGGAAACCA